CAGCAGCAGCAGUAAACCCACUUCUACCACCAAUAUCACCACGAUCACCACCGCCACCAUCAUCAUCGUCAUCAUCGUCAUCAUCAUAGUCGUCAAUUCGUCAUAAAAAGGACAGUCUUUGUGGACAUGUCCACACCAUUCUUUAUUUCACCUUUAGUGUCCAAUCCUCAACUAAUGGACAAUCUUCCAUUCUGUACGAGCAGCAUGUCGGCAGCCACCCAACUGCGUCCCCAUCUAUUCCUUUAGCUGUGCAACCAUGUCGCCCCCUACGAAUCCAAUCCUUUGACCAUUCAUGGCUACGCUCGACAGCGCAUGGAGGAGGACUCCCCUAUUUCUUUACAAUCCACUGCCCAACUUCUCAUCGUAAUCCAAUAAAGAUUGGUCUCACCUAUUUUCCUUUCGAGGCCAGUUACCUGUGGGACACUUUUAAAGAUCUGGAGCGGACAGGAUUCACGAGCGAUCGGACAUUGUCACUUUGGAAGUUGGUUUCACCUUUCCAUAUCGGUUGCUUUUCGCAACUUUGCGCAAUUGGGGGAUCAACUUUUAUUGGUGACGACUCCGCAGAGGAAGAGAGGUUCGAACUGAUUCGUGGACAAUGGCUGAGGGCAGAGAUACUAAUGUUACGACGAGGAAAAUAGGUGAAUCGCUGAAUACCGAAAUAAUUACUCAUCCAUCACCAAAGAAAAACAUGACUUCUGGUCUUACAACCGAGAGAAAUAAGCACUUGGAUAAGAAAUCACUGCCCAAACACCAAGCAUCGGUACGUCGAGUUGUUCGGACACCUAAGUGCGCCCGAUGCCGAAACCACGGCGUCGUGUCUUGCCUGAAGGGUCACAAGCGGUUUUGCCGCUGGCGGGAUUGCCGAUGCACAAACUGUCUCUUGGUGGUGGAACGGCAACGGGUGAUGGCCGCUCAAGUCGCGCUGAGGCGACAGCAAUCCAACGACCCAUCGGCUAGCGGGAAUGGAACGGGGAAGACGCCGGGAAGCGGCUCGGCGUCGGGCGGGGAAAGAGAAGGAGGAAACGUCAACGAAUGUAGGAAAAAGAGUGCCAAGGAUUUGGUUUCGGCUGAGGAGCUGUCGAACAGUAAACGGAAACUGGCCGAGAUAGGUGCCGAGGCUAGCCGAUUGAAAGAGAGAGUUAAGAGGUUGAGUUCGACAGCAGCCAGGGGGAGACUAAAUGGAUCUAUUGCACGGGAUAUACUCGAAGGUCAACGUGGCAAGCCAGGUCGACUGUCAUCUCGCGUUCCAAGUCGUCCGGUCAUUUUUCUACCCCCGCCAGUCAGCGAGAGGAUGCGCAAACGACGCGCUUUCGCCGAUAAAGAACUAGAGACAACAAUGCUUCAACGCGAAUGCCAGUGGACGCUGAUGCUGGCGUACGCAGCCGGCGACAAGACGCUAGCGCCUUUCGCGUCACAUCCCUUCUCCUCACAUUUUGACGCAGGUCGUCACACCGGUCAAGAUACGGAUAAAAAACCGUUACGGAAUAUUCGAACCGGAUAUGGAGAUCUAAAUCACGUGAGUGGAGAGACGAGGUCGAAUGACUCUAAACUGUUGUGGACAGGAUCGCCGUGCAAUGAUGUGCGACUGCAGCUAGGUGGCGGCGGCGAGGUGCCGACAUUGUCGCCGAGCGUCGCAGUGCCUAGCAUGAGGACGUUGAAUGCCUCGAUGGUUUCAAUUCCGUCGACGCUCAUCAAACACGGUCACAGAGCUGGAGUUGGACAUGGACAAUUUUCGGGAAAUCUCCACCCGAACCCGACACUAACAACUGUUGUAACGAAUAAAGAACAUCAUGAAAGAUCACAUGAAGACACUUACCUGCAUAAUCCGGCAACACUUACGUUGUCUAGGUGCAAAAGACUAAAAGGUGACGAACGGUUAGGCAGUUCUUUACAGAAUAGUAGGUUUGGUGGAGAGUUGGACAGCCGCCCAGAAGAAGCAGACUUUGGGUGUUCAGGUUCGAUGGACAGAGAUACUGAACAUGCUAAAUGGAGGGUUGUGGGUCGUGAUCAUGACAUGCACGGACAUGGACAACAGCAGGAUAGCGCGGAAAUUGGACGCGGCGGAUCAGAGUUUGAAGAGCAGGAUUCCUGUGGAAAGACAAUACAAGCGUCAACAAAUAAUCUAGCAUUUUCUAUUGAGAGCUUGUUAAAGAAAUGACAAUGGAACUUUAGAUCGAAAAAGACGAAGCUAGUAUAGAAUGAUUAUAGACACUUCAAACAUCUUCUUAAUGAAUAUAUUAAGGCGAUCGCACACCUUACGAUUGGUCUGCGACCCGAUUUCAGAAUAAAAUCUAGUAGAAUUUGAUGCUAAUAUUGAGACUUGGAAUAUCUUACUGUGUAAUGUUCUAAAUCAUCGUACGAAUACCUAUGUUCAAAUCUGUGACUAUGCUAUCAUCCUUCUUAGAAUAAAAGCGAAUUUAAUAUCUAGUCGUAAUGACGUCAUAGCAGUCGUACGAUUGGCUACGAUUUGAAACUAAUUUGGCCUUUACUCCAAAAUAAAGGAUUGCAAUCUUUCAUAAUGGUUAUAUUAGUAUU